CAAGUAAAACUUCAAGUCCUGAAAAAGAAUGGGAGAAGAAGAUUGAAUUGAACCACAGAAGAAGCGGAGUGAGUGAAAAUGGUGCACAGCGCUUACGAUUCUUCGGAACUGGUCCCCAAUUUCCCCGGGAAAAUUGAAUCCGUCGUAACAUACGACUCCAAGCUUCUCGUCGGUUGCUCCGAUGGAUCUCUCCGAAUAUACUCGCCGGAACCCGAUUCACCGGAUCGGGUCAAGCCACCGUACGUGCUGGAGAAGAAUCUCACCGGCUUCGCCAAGAAGCCUAUUGUUUCACUCGAGGUUUUGGAAUCCAGAGAGCUCCUCUUAUCGCUCUCGGAAUCCAUCGCGUUUCACAGACUCCCUUCUCUGGAAACCAUCGCAGUCAUCACCAAGGCGAAGGGUGCAAACGUCUUCUGCUGGGACCACCGGCGUGGCUUCCUCUGCUUCGCUAGACAGAAACGUGUCUCCAUUUUCAGACACGACGAUGUAGGUGGUAGAGGAUUUGUGGAGGUGAAAGAGUUUGGUGUACCUGACAUGGUGAAGUCCAUGUGCUGGUGUGGGGAGAAUAUCUGUUUAGGGAUUAGGAGAGAGUAUUUGAUUUUGAAUGCUUCGAAUGGCGCUUUGUCGGAGGUUUUUACUUCCGGGAGACUUGCGCCGCCUUUGGUAGUGUCUCUUCCCUCUGGAGAGCUUCUUCUUGGAAAGGAGAACAUUGGGGUCUUUGUGGACCAAAAUGGGAAACUUAUUCCUGAAGGUAGGAUUUGUUGGUCGGAGGCCCCGUUAGAAGUUGUGAUUCAGAAGCCGUAUGCUAUAGCUCUGCUGCCCAGAUUUGUGGAGAUUCGAUCGCUCCGGGAUCCUUAUCCACUGAUACAAACUGUCGUUCUUCGUAAUGUUCGCCAUAUUUUCCAAAGCAAUAAUUCUAUGAUACUUGCUUUGGAUAAUUCUAUUCAUGGUCUUGUCCCUGUUCCUCUUGGAGCCCAGAUUGUCCAAUUAACAGCUUCUGGCAACUUUGAAGAGGCCUUGUCAUUGUGCAAGCUCCUUCCUCCUGAAGAUUCAAGUCUACGUGCUGCAAAGGAGGGAUCAAUCCAUAUAAGAUAUGCCCACUAUCUUUUUGAAAAUGGGAGCUAUGAGGAGGCUAUGGAACAGUUUCUGGCAUCUCAAGUUGAUAUAACCUAUGUGCUUUCUCUGUAUCCAUCCAUUAUCCUUCCAAAGACAUCUGUAGUUCAUGAGACGGAGAAGCUGGACAUUGACGGGGAUGUUUCCUAUCUAUCUAGAGGUUCUUCAGGUCUGUCGGACGAUAUGGAACCCUCAUCAACGUCUCAUAUGUCAGAAUCUGAUGAGAAUGCAGCACUUGAGUCCAAAAAAGUGAACCAUAAUACGCUUAUGGCUCUCAUAAAAUAUUUACAGAAGAAGAGAUAUAGUUUCGUUGAGAAGGCCACUGCAGAGGGAACUGAAGAAGUUGUUUUGGAUGCUGUUGGGGAUAACUUCGCAUCCUACAAUAGGUUUAAGAAAACUAACAAGGGGCGUAGUAGUAUCCCUGUUAGUUCAGGAGCUCGAGAGAUGGCUUCAAUAUUGGAUACUGCUCUACUCCAAGCGUUGCUUCUGACUGGACAAUCUUCAGUGGCUUUAGAAUUACUGAGAGGUGUUAACUACUGUGAUUUGAAAAUAUGCGAAGAAAUACUCCGCAAAGGCAACCAUAAUGUUGCUCUAUUAGAACUUUUCAAGUGCAACUCAUUGCACCGGGAAGCUCUUGAACUUCUUCACAAAUUGGUUGAAGAGUCAAGAUCUAGCCAGUCUGAAAUUACACAAAGGUUCAAGCCUGAGGACAUUGUUGAGUAUCUCAAGCCACUAUGUGGGACAGACCCGAUGCUUGUUCUAGAGUUCUCGAUGCUUGUUCUUGAAAGCUGUCCAUCCCAAACUAUUGAGCUCUUUCUGUCCGGCAAUAUUCCAGCAGAUAUGGUUAAUUCAUAUUUGAAGCAGCAUUCUCCAAACAUGCAAGCUACAUACUUGGAGCUCAUGCUUGCUAUGAAUGAGAAUGCCAUAUCCGGCAAUUUGCAAAAUGAAAUGGUAAAUAUCUAUCUUUCCGAAGUACUUGAUUGGCAUGCUGAUUUAAGUGCUCAACAAAAUUGGGAUGAGAAAGCAUAUUCCCCAACAAGGAAAAAAUUAUUGUCUGCUUUAGAGGGUAUAUCAGGAUACAAUCCAGAGGCUCUGCUGAAACGUCUUCCACGAGAUGCUCUAUAUGAAGAGCGUGCAACAUUGUUGGGAAAAAUGAACCAGCACGAACUGGCAUUAUCUUUAUAUGUUCAUAAGCUUCAUGUUCCAGAACUAGCGUUGUCUUAUUGUGAUCGGGUCUAUGAGUCUACACACCAGCCAUCUGUAAAAUCUUCCAGCAACAUCUACCUAUUGCUUCUGCAAAUCUAUUUGAAUCCUCGAAGGACCACGGCAAGAUUUGAAGAGAGAAUUACAAAUUUAUUAUCCCCACAGAAUACAAAUCUUCCGAAAGUUAGUUCAGCAACAUCAGCUAAAAGUAAGGGAGGCCGAGGAACAAAGAAAGUUGCUGAGAUAGAGGGUGCAGAGGACACAAAAGUUAGUUUGAGCAGCACUGACAGUAGCAGGAGUGAUGGUGAUGCGGAUGAAUUUGUUGAGGGUGGCUCUACUAUCAUGUUUACUGAGGUCCUUGAUUUGUUGAGCCGCAGGUGGGAUAGAAUAAAUGGAGCUCAAGCCCUUAAACUUUUGCCAAAAGAGACUAAAUUACAGGACUUGCUUUCAUUUAUUGAACCCCUUCUGAGAAAAUCUAGUGAAAUGUACCGUAAUUGUUCGGUGAUCAAGAGCUUGAGACACAGCGAGAACCUUCAGGUGAAAGAUGAACUCUAUAAUCAGAGGAAAGCUGUUGUGAAGAUAACCGGUGAUAGCAUUUGUUCUCUGUGCCAUAAGAAAUUAGGGACUAGUGUUUUUGCAGUCUACCCCAAUGGGAGCACUCUCGUGCACUUCGUCUGUUUCAGAGAUUCUCAAAAUAUGAAAGCAGUGUCCAAAGGGUCUCAAUCGAGGAAGCGGUCAUGAAACUUUUGAUGUACCAAUCAGUGGUUCAGCUGCCUUGUUUGACAUCUUUUUCUACCCAUGGUACCUUGCUGGUUGGUGGAUUGUGAUGACAAUUGCACUGUGAUUUGUCUUCCGAGGUGAGUUUUUCCCCCAGUUUGUUCGUGUGAAAAGUGAGAAUUUAUAUGUGAAGAGCGUGAUGUGUUUCUCCUUUAUUUUCUUUUAUGAUUGUAAUUUGUAAAUAUUGGGUUAGAGGGGUUGAACAUUUAUAUAUUUUAGCAUGGAAAGGGAGCAGAUUUCCCCUCCUUUUCCUACUCGCUGUUGUAUUUUUUUUUUUUUUGGCAACUGUUGUAAUAUUAUUCUGCACUAAAAUGUCAAAGUUAUAGUCCGUUGUUAAUUAUUGAAAAACAGUGAUGAAUCGUA